AUGCCAGCGGCUGGACGGCGCUUCAUAUCGCAGGUGCGAUUCUGGAAUAGCAAACAACAUUACAUAUGCAUAGCACUGACUUUGGGCUGUUAUCUAGUCAGUGCAGGCAACGAGGACAUUGUCCGUGAGCUAAUAGGUGCCGGUGCCGACGUUAAGAAGACCAAUAAUAAGGGUCUGACACCUCUGUGUGUACGGAGAGUCUCCGAACGGUCAAUCGCUGAUUACUUCCUUCAUAGCCAUUACGCUGCAUCUAAGUCUCGCCUGCAGGUUGCAAAACUUUUGAUCGAGCGGGGCGCCGAUGUGAAUGCCAGAGAUCGCGCGAAUCAAUUACCGCUUCACCGUGCCGCUACUACAGGGUCGACAGGCCUAAUCAAGGUUCUGCUUAAUCCUCCUGAAGGUUCUCCGAAACCCCGUCUGAAUACGGCAGAUCGUAUGGGGAACACGCCUCUACAUCUUGCUAUGGAAUCUGCUCAUGCGGAGGCAGCGGUGUUGCUCAUAGAGGCAGGAGCAGAUCGCGGUCGAGUGAAUCUCGAAGACGAAACUCCAGAACAAGUCGAGGGGGUAGGAGGGCAAGAGCAAAAAAGAGCCAGAAAAUAUGUUGCAGAGCGAUGUGGGCCGUAUAAUCCAUGA